GUUUUAAAAAGAGAAUAUCUAACGUUUGUAGACAAUCUAGAUCUAGAUCUAGCUUAGUUUUAGAUAUCUAGAGCUAGGUCUACAUACUAUGGAAUCCUAAUUUUCAUGAUGUCUCUAGUAAAGUGCUGCUGAACGUAGGCAUAGAUCUAGCUCAGACAGCCUCAGAUGUAGAUCUUUAUGGACAGACCUAGACUACUACUACUAGCCUAGAGAUCUAUAUAGAUCUAGAUAUCUAUUAUUUUAUAAUAAUCCGUUAUCAACUUUGAACUGUUACUAGACUAGUCACUAUACUGGACUAUACUAUAUUUAACAUGAUCCUUAUCAGGCUUAUGUGAGAUACAUAAAAUAACAAUGAAUGUAGUUAUUACAGACCUACAAAUUGUCAACUCUUAUAAAGUCUAAGCCACAUGAUGAUGAAUAUACUUAAACAAUGUUGACCAAUGAAAAUGUUCCUAAGUUUUAAAUUUAAAUGCUUCAUCUACAUUGCAACAAUAUUUUUCUUUUUAUAUUUGCUAUUGAACAAAUGGCUUAAUAAUGCUAUAUAUACAAAUAAAACUCAAACUGAUUUUAUGCAGUCAACUAAAAAUAAAUUUGUUCAAGCAUCAUACGUUAAAGACUUAAGUGUGUUUUCUGCUUACAUAAAACAAAGAAUUACAGACUUCGCCAAAAUUCUGAUUGAAUGCAAAGGAGUGCCAGGGAUAACAAUAAGCAUUGUAAAAGAUGACAACAUUUGGCUCUUGCCAUUGGGUUACAGAGACUUGGAAAAUAAAAGCCCAAUUACUGAGGACACCAAGUUUUUGAUUGGCUCAAUUACAAAGACAUUCACUGCACAGUUGACAGCCAUUUUGAUUCAAGAAUCUCAGGAAAAAAUAUCUUGGGAUACUCCUCUAAAAGAAAUUUACAGACCCAACUUGGUAAAGACCUCUGAUGAUUUUUUUAAAACCAUUACUUUACGUGACCUCCUUUCACACAGAAGUGGAUUUGACAGUGGGAAUUUGGCAGUUAGAGCAUCAUUACCUGAUAAUAUAUCAAGACAAGAUUUGAUACAACUAAUUCACCAUGUACGAGUCAACACCAGUUCUGAAAAACAUUUUCUGUACAGUAAUAUGGGAUACACUUUAGUUGGAUCCCUUCUGGAACAUAAGUGGAAUCAGUCAUGGGAACAUCUAAUUAAAGAAAAACUAUUUGGUCCUUUAGGAAUGAAUCACUCAUCUGUGGUAAAAACAGCAGAGGAUUUUUAUUCCCAAGACAUUGCCAAGCCUUAUAUUCCUGUAGAAGGUGAAAUAAAGAAUUGUGAUCCCAUUGUCUAUGUAUUAGGGCCCAUUGCAGUAGCUGGUGAUAUAUUAUCCAAUGCCAAAGAUAUGGCAAAAUGGCUACAGUUUGUCUUAAGGCAAGGUAAUGCUGAAGCAGACAACCAACUAAUUUCUUAUCAUCUGAUGAGCAGCAUGUGGGAAGCUAACAGUCACUUGGACAAACAUUUUCUUAAUAAAACAGAAAAAAGCAAAAUCAACGGCUGGCCUAAAGAUGAUCUUAACUUGGGCUAUGGCUUAGGAUGGUUUCUGAAUAAAUACAAUGGUAAAAUGAAUUACUGGCAUGGAGGAGGUUUAUAUUCUUAUUACAGUCUAGCCUGGCUAUUUCCAGAAACUAAUCUUGGCUUUUUCAUCAGUAUUAAUGGUUUCAAAGGCUGCAAUGAACAUGAUGAAGAAAAUGAGGCAAAUUGCCCCUGUGGCAGCAAUGGAUUCAGCAUUAUAGAGCCGUUGGCCUAUUUCAUUGCUGACAUCUUCAAUGAUGGUCAGUCAUGGCUGAAUACAACUAAUGUCUGCAAAUAUCCACACCCUUGGACAAAAUGUAUUGAUCAGAAAAAAAUUGAAAUAAAGAACCCUCAGCUGCAUAUAAAAGACAAUUUUAACAAGGAACAAAAUUUACAAGAAAUGAAUACACUAAAGCUUAAUACAAAAAGCUUACAUAUGUUUUUAGGUACUUAUACCAAUCCACUUCUGGGAGACAUUCACAUUACAAUUGAUACAAAAUCAUCAAAAUUGUAUUUUCAACUCAGGUUACUAACUGGAUUUCUUCACCAUCAACCAGAUGAAACAGGUUUAAGUUUUUGGCUAGAAUGUGAUAAGCGAUACAGAUUUUUGAGUAAGCCUGACAAUCUCAGUUAUGUGCCAGUUAAAAAAACCUUCAUUCUUAAAUUUAAUGUAAAAUAUCAUCAAAUAGAUUCAGUGCAUAUCUAUUUUGCUGUUAACGAAGCUCCAUUUAUUUUUAAGAAAAAAUCAUGACAUUAAUUUCUUGACUCUAGUAAAAAAGAAAAUAGAAAUAAAUUAUUAUUACUAAAUUUGAUUUUUUUUUUGUCCAGUAUAACUGUUUAAAAUUGAUUAGCAACUAAUUAGCAAAUGAUAUAUUUAUUUAUAUUACUUUAAUCAUAUUUUACCCCAGCAAAAAAAAAAUAUAAUAAAGUA